GAUGAAAUCAAUACCUGAGGGUGUGCAACGCAAGCUCCUCCUCCACCUCCACCCUCUAAAAUAAGACGUUGCAGCCAACCAGGGGAGGCCCUCCGCGGUCCGUGGCUCCGUGCCAUCCUCUCCUGGGCAGCGAGCAGUGGUGGCCGCGGGUUCCCCCGCCUCGUCCUCCCGGAUCCGGCGACGAAGAUUAAUUGAAUAACUUCGAUAAGAUGGGUCGUGGUAUUAGCAGUGGGGGUGGUCAGAGUUCCUUGGGCUAUCUCUUUGGCAGUGACGAAGCUCCAAAAUCAUUUGAGAAGCCUGCACCAGUUCAAAAGCCAACUCCUCCAUCCUCUGCAGAGAGACUAAAAGAUAUCGCUGCUGGUAUUCAAAGUAGUAAAUCAAACAAUUACAAAAGAUCUGAAGGCCAGAACUGUGGAAAUUUCCUUACGGACCGUCCGUCGACCAAGGUGCAAGCAGCUCCAGGUGGCGACUCUUCACUCGGUUAUCUUUUUAGUGGCAGCAAAGAUGGCAAGUGAUGUACACCUGCUGUUAGUGUUCGCCAUGAUCAUGGGAGAAGGUUUCUGCUUAACAAAGGAAAAAGGGAAAAGAAUCUUGUAUUCCCAUGAGUAAAUAUCAAACUGCUCAUGGUAUCUAUGUUGUUGGGAUUGCUUGUAUGUGUGUACAUGUUCGUGUGUGUCGUGUGUUGAUCCACAGCUACUGGUAGCAAGAGCUUCUAUCCCUGCUGAUGGAAUUGUGCGCAAUGCCAAUGUUGACAUUAUCGUGGGUGAUGCUAUUAUGUUGUGGUGUAUUAUUGGAUAUGUUUGCUGUUUAAUACACAUUGUUGUAGAAAAAAACAUCCACAGUUCUGUUCAA